GUUCCUGUUGUUUAACGUGACGCAAGAUCGACAUCCCUACGAUCUUAAAGAGGGAGACGAUAAGGGUCGUGAACCGAGAUAAACAUGAGCUGUUGUGCUUGCGGUAUAGACAAGACUCUUCAUCCCAUAGCACUUCCCAGGACUGUUACGUGAUGAGAUGCAAAGAUUGCAGCCACAAGACAUCAUAAAGUCAAAGACGGGAAAGGGAUGGGGGAAUAAGAUGAGAAGCGAAGGCCACUGAGGGCCCGAAGUGGAAAAGCUUCGUGGUGUUGACGUCGUGGUGGCGCACCCGGACGCGGGGCCCAAGAAGGCCCGAGAGACAUCAUCGUGGGCCCUGGAGUGAGACUUUGGUGCUGGAAGUCAGAAGAAAAUUUGGAGCGCCAGGUCCUGUCCCCCAUGGGACGUCACCCACCUCGGAAACUCGAGCUGAUUGGAUCAACCAUUGUGGGUCCCAAGGAAUGACAGGUUCUUCAGCGUGGAGCUUCGGGUCGUCCGCGUGCACUCGGCAGCGGUACGCGCGGUGUCUACGUGGAGACGCGUCAACGCGUGCCACCGACACGUUGCGGUGACGCGGCCCCUCACGCGGGUCUUAAAUGACUAAUUUGCCCCCGAAUCAAUGCGAGAAAUCGCCGAACCACGCUAUUGCCCAAGGAUGAUACGUGUCGCUCUCGGAUUCCCAGUCCACAUGAGCCACAUUUCCCUGCCCGCAGAAGAUGCUUUUAAGCGGUCGAGGGCAUGGCGAGAGGGUGGUGGAGCGCAGCAGCGACUGGUAGUAGCAGCGGCAGCGGCGAGGAGGAGUUGGCAAAGCGAUCGAGUUUUCGGAUCCGUCCAACAUAUUCGAAUCCAAGGGAACAACAGCAAGUCGACGGCGAGGACGGUAAUGGCGUCGCCGAGCUCCUGCUUCCACGUCCUCCUCCUCCUCUUAUCAGGUCAAGUCAUCCGAGUAGUUCUGAGCAUGGCGGUGGGCAUCAACUACGGGCAGAUCGCGAACGACCUGCCGUCCCCCGGUCGAGUCGCGAGCCUCCUCCACUCCCUCAACAUCAGCCGAGUGAAACUGUACGACGCGGACCAGAACGUGCUCAGCGCCUUCCUCAACACCGACGUCGAGUUCGUGAUCGGGAUCGGCAACGAGAACGUGUCGGCGAUGACGGACCCCGCGGCCGCCCUGGGAUGGCUGGAGCAGCACGUCCUGCCCUACCUCCCCUACACCAAGAUCACCUGCAUCGCCGUUGGCAACGAGGUGUUCAAAGGCAACGACACCACUCUGAUGGCCGACCUCCUCCCCGCCAUGGAAUCGGUUCACCAGGGACUGGUCUCGCUCAGCCUGGAGACGAAGGUGAACGUCACCAGCGCCCACUCAUUGGACAUGUUGGGGAACUCCUACCCUCCCUCCGCCGGCUCCUUCCGCCAGGAUCUCGCCGUCUUCAUCCAGCCCAUCCUCAACUUCCACUCCGUCACCAAGUCGCCCUUUCUCAUCAACGCCUACCCUUACUUCGCCUACAAGGCGAACCCUAAUGCAGUCUCGCUGGACUACGUCCUCUUCGAGCCGAACUCGGGAGUCGUGGAUCCCAACACCAAUCUGAACUAUGACAACAUGCUGUACGCUCAGAUCGACGCGGUUUACUCUGCCAUCAGGACGUGGGGGCACGCCGACAUCGAGGUCAGGAUUUCUGAGACGGGGUGGCCAUCGAGGGGUGACAGUGAUGAGGUGGGAGCGACACCGGAGAAUGCUGCAAGAUAUAAUGGUAAUCUGCUGCAGAGGAUAGGGAUGAGCGAGGGCACUCCUCUGAAGCCGACGGUGCCGGUGGAUAUAUAUGUGUUUGCCCUGUUCAAUGAGGAUUUGAAGCCUGGGCCGACCUCGGAGAGGAACUAUGGGUUGUUUUAUCCUGAUGGCACUCCUGUUUAUAAUGUUGGUCUGCAUGGGUAUCUUCCACCCAUGUCGGCGUCGUCGUCGUCGUCUUUGAGGUCGGGGGUGAGUGAUCCGUGUCCUCUGAUUCCAUGUAAGAUCAUGACUUUUGAUGUAAGCAUUCCUCUCCUGCAGAUGAUGAUGCCUGGUUUGAGACCUUUCGUGUUCGUGGUGGCAGCUUUGAUCUUGGCCUGGAAGUAGCUGCUUCUGUAAGCGGCGGGCGGAAGUGGAUGGGGCGGCAAUGGCUGAGGAUAUUUCCACCCGAGGGGAGCUGAUGGUUUCAGGUAAUGUGGGCUGAGAUCAUCAAAGCACUUGGUUCUUGAUUUGGUUUCACUUUCAGAUUCGAUCUUACACUUCGAGCUGGCAUUGUCUGUACAGGUUUGGCAGAUCCUUUGUGCAGGUUCGGUGGGUCCGGGAUGGAAGAAAACACCACCAAACAUUUUUUGUUGGCAAUAAAAAAGAGAGAACAUCACGUAAAAUUAGCUGCCCAUUUGAUCUGUAAGAAAAGAACAUUUAGCGAAAAGUUGUGUAAGAAUACUAACCUAUGAUCAAACUGAUUGAUGAUUGUUUA